GAGACGUUUGAGCGGGAGGGGAGGCGGUCUAUUUAAAAACGGCCCUGGGAAGGGCGCUCUAGUAAAUAGGUAGUUUUCUAUGGUUGGUGCAGGCUAUCGAGUUCCGAGGAGGGAGCCUAAGAGGAAAGUCGCCUGUUUCUGGGUGCGGCGGCGAGGCCCGUGAAGCUUCAGAAGUGUUUGCUCCCUCUGCGAGGAGACGAGGGUCGUCACCUGUUGAAUUUCUGCUUGAACUUCCUCCUUUGGGUUUUGGGGGGGCUGGCCUAAUCGUUUGGAGGGGGCCGUCUAUAUGGCCUUAGCCAGAGGGGAAGAAAUGGCCGGUCAGUAGGUCCUCCUACUAAGCUCACAGACCUCCACUUGGGGCGUCCUGCAAGGAAGGAGACGGAAUAGUACAUUAAAUGGGGGUGAUGAAAGUAAAAAGUGUUUUAACAUAAAUAUUAGAAACAAAUAUUCUAACUUUUACUUUGAAAUCUGGAAUAAGCAGCAGACUGAUUUUUUGUUGUUUUAGGUGAGCUGUGCCCUAGAUCCUCUAUAAUGGAGUCUGUGGAUACUGAAUCAAAACAUAGCUAUAUAGGAAGUUUUCUUCAGCCUCCAGAUAAAAUAAAAUCUGCUUUUGCUGAUCUCAGGCCAAAGAAAGUCAACAGCUGCCCACCAAACAACCAAGCUCUAGUGGCAGCCCUAAAAACUCUUCAAGAAAAGAUCCAUCGUCUUGAGGUAGAGAGGACACAGGCUGAAGAUGAUCUGAACUGCUUGUCCAGAGAAGCUGCACAAUAUAGAAAGGCUUUGCAGCAUGAAUCAAAUGAAAAGAACGUAAUUCACCAGGAGCUGAUGGAGGAAAAGAAAGAUGUGAGUGCACAAUUAAGGGCAGCACGAUCACGCUGCUCUUUGCUGGAAAAGCAGCUUGAUUACAUGAGAAAAAUGGUUCUCAAAGCAGAGUUGGAAAAAAACCUGGUUCUGGAGCAGCAGACACAUCUUCAGAAAGAAGAUGACCAAAAUCAGAUGGAGCUAUGUGCAAAACUUGAAAAACUUGAAGUUCUAGAAAAACAAUGUUGGAGACUUAUUAGCACUCAGAAAACUGCAGAAGAAAAGAUGAAACAGUUAGAACAGAAGCUUCAGGAAGAACAGCAUCAGCGCAAGCUAAUACAAGAUAAAGCUGCACAGCUCCAGACAGGUCUUGAAAUGAAUAGAAUACUCUUGUCCUCACUUUCACCUGAAAAAGAUGUGAAGAAGAAAAGCAGGAAGAAGAAAGUCAUCAAGAAUAAUUCUGGUAUGAGGAGAACAUAUGGCUCGCAACCAUGCCUACAGGGUGGAAUGCUGCCUUUUGUUGCUGGGAAGUCUGCCAGCUCAAGUCACUCUGUUGUUGCAAAUGUACAAAGUGUCCUGCAUAUGAUGAAAUACCGUAGCCCAUGUAUGACUUCACAGUGUCCAGAAGGAACUGAAAAGAGGACUUCAAGAUGGACUGGUGUUUGCAAACCAAUGAUUUGUUCCACGUCUUCCUCUGCUACUGAAACUCUUUCUGAUCUUCUUUUGGGUAUGCAAGAUGAGUUGGGACAAAUGAGUUUUGAACAUCAAGAACUGUCAAAGCAGAUAGAGGAAAGUCAAAACCAGGACAUUAGGGAAGACCUAGAACGUGAAUUGGAUUGUCUUGUGAAGCAGAUGGAAAUUAAAGGAGAACAGAUUACGAAACUGAAAAAGCACCAGGAUCAUGUUUAUAAACUAAAACAAAGAGCUCAAAAACUGAAGAGAAAACCAACAAGUUCGGCAUCAAGGCCUAAUGAACUAAAAGGAAGCAAAGAGACUGCAAUCCCUCCAAGUACCAGUUCCACAAAUAAAACCACAAGUUCACUUCAGCUAUUAAAAAGCGCUCAGAAGCUUCAAUCAGUAUUGAAGAAAGAUGAUAUUGUGUGGGAAUCAUAGCUCUCAAAACUGAUUUCAUACAUCACUUGAGAUUUGAUUUUAUAAGUUUGGUUUGCCUUAGUAGUGUAUCCAUUAACUCUGAGAAUAAGAUGUGGGAUAAGUAAGUUCCCUGUUUUCUGUACUGACAUUUAAAAAUACAACUGAUUAUUUUAAUGAAGCAUGCAUGCUAUUUUUAAUUAAAGGACCUA